CUAUCAACAGGUGAAUAUUUUACGUACACCAACUGGUACGAUAAUUAUCCGGAUUUCUAUAACGAUAAUGAAUUUUGUGUUGAAUUGGUAAUGGACGAAAACUGGAGAUGGAAUGAUGAUUCCUGUAUAACAAGAAGUGGUUUUAUAUGUGAAUACAAAGAAGAUACAAAGAAAGAAGAUCAUGAAACUCAUAAAUAUCAGCAAGUGCAGAAAAAAUUACAAGAAGUGGACAUGCAAAAGUUGGCAAUAGAAAAAGAAUUGCAACAGCAAAAGGACUUGCAACAAAAACAAUUACAACAAUCACAAGAACAUGAUAUAAGACCUUCAUAA